AUGUCAGCGCAAAACUCAAAAUGCAUCAAAAACAUCGUCGUUGCUCCAUGCCAAGAUAUCCUCAAAUAUUCCAUGGUUGGACUGACGAGCAUGUAUAUAGAGAAUCAAGGACUUGCUAAAUUCGACAUAGAAUCUGGCUCUCUUCCGAACUUAGAAGUGGCUUCUUUUGCAAACAAUCGACUUGGCCAAGUUCCGAAUUUUCUGUACAAUUUGGACUCAUUGAAGAAUAUUUACCUGAACAACAACAAAAUCAAAAUCUUCCGCGUCUAUAAAAAUCGAAUGACAAGCGUGGAGGCCUUGUGGCUCUCCUACAACAAGAUUCGAUAUCUAGACAACUCAAUCUGCAUCCUCAACUCAUUGCGAUACCUCCACAUUGACCACAAUCGAAUAUCUGCUAUUCCCCUAAAUCUCUGUCUCUGCUCGGAGAUCAGCGGCCUUUGGAUAGGCUACAAUCAUCUCAAAGAGGUGCCGAAAAAACUUUUGGAGAUGAGAAAGCUGAAAAUCCUCGACGUUGAGUUCAACAAAAUCGCUGAUAUUCCCGAGGUCGUCCGGCGCUUUCCAGAAGAGUUGGUUAUUUAUACUCAAGGAAAUGCUUUAUCUGCCAGUAUAAUGAGAAUUAAUGGAAAUGGUUCGACAGAAGAAAAGUGA